AUGACAUGCUUGGGCCCGUCUCUGUCCGCUCCAGACUCCAUCAACAUGGCACCAACGCUGUUGGCCAGGAGUUGCGUUCAUCCUGGCUUGGCCAUCUUUGCCUUUGGUAUGACCCGCUACGGAAGUCCCUCAUUGUCAGUGCCCGACAUCCUGCAGUCGGACCCCUCGAUGCUUCUGCGGACAUCCCUUCAAACUGGCUUGAUGAUGUUUGCCUAUGGCAUGGCCCGUAUGGGCUUCACGCUCUUGGCGCUGGAUUUUGUACACUUGGACUUCGUCACAUCCUUGCGAGGACUUCUGUGCUCGGACUCGGCACUCUCUGCCUUUGGAAUGUCGUGCCUGGAGCCACCGCUCCCAGUGUUGGACUACAUCCACCUGGGCCUCACCAUGCCACUGCACGGCCACGUACAACUGGGUAGUGCCAUGCCAGUGUAUGGCGUGUCUUGGCUAGGAUCCUUGCUGUUGCUCCUGGACUAUGGAAACAUGGGCUUCACGCCCUCCCUGCAUGGAUUCUUGCGCGUAGGCCUGCUUCCGUCAGCCUUUGGCAUGUGCCGGCUUGGACUGUCUCUGUUGGCGCUGGACUCCUUGCACCUAGGUUCUGCUCCGUUACCGCAAAGCCACGUACACUGUGGGAGUGCACUACUGGCCUAUGGAAUUGCUUGCCUUGGACUGACUCCGCUAGUCUUGGACUUCAUUACGCUGGGACCUGCAGUCUUACUUCGAUCAUGCGGUCGCCUUGGACUUUCUCUGCCUCUCUAUGGGGCUAUGCGCCCAGGGCUGAUGCUACCUGUGCUGGAUUGGAUGAGUUCUGGAAGCACUGUGCCUAUCCACAGCUUCGUGAAGCUCGAACUCCCGCCGCCUGCAUUCGGGAUGACACGCUUGGGCUUUCCAAUGCCGGUGUCGGACUCUGUGAACACAGGGUUACUGCUGCCCCUGCAAAGCCUUGUAUACCUGGAUAGCCUGAUGCUGGCCUAUGCAAACCUCCGUCUUGACUCCAGCCUGCUUACCUUGGACUAUGUGACUGCUGGCUUGGCAGUAUCAUUGCAAUCGUACAUGCGCCUAGGAUUUGUGAUGCCUGUCUAUGGAGUCACGCAGCCGGGUUUCUCCUCGUCAGCCCUGGACCUCAUUCAGUCCGACCUGCCCUUACUCUCGCAAGGCUUCGUUUGCUUCGAGCCGCCCAUGCUUGUAUAUGGAAUGGCCCGAAUGGAAUCAUUUCUGCUGAUUCUGGACCCUGUAUGCCUGGAACCAUCCAUGCUGUCGAGAACCUUCGUGCGCCCAGGUUUUACAUCGCCCGCAUCUGGUGUUGCUCGAUCGGGAUCGCCCUUGCCAGCCCUGGAUUUCGUGUCACUGGACAGCGCGCCAUCCAUGAGACAGCUUGCUUGCUUGGGUCUUGCCUUACCGACCUACGGGACGGUCCGCUUGGGUUCUCCUCCACUGAUGCUGGACCAUGUGACUUUUGGUAGCUUUCUGCUUCUUCGUGGCCUGGGGUGCAUGGACUCUUCCACCUUCGCGUCUGGCUUGACCUGCUUGGGACUCACACCUCCUGCUUUGGACUACGUGCACAUGGCUUCUUCGGCCUCCUUGCGCAGCUUCGGAUGA